AUGGAAGCUUCACAUGGAAGUGGAGAAGCAGUAUUUAGAAUAACAAAGUCUAAGCCAGUUCUUGUCUCUCCCACAAUGAAUACUUAUGAUGGGCUCUAUUAUUUAUCGCCUGUAGAUGAGUUCUUGAUUCCUACUGCUAUGAAUAUGUUACUUCGCUUCGAGAGGGAUGAUGAUGAUCAUGGGAUGAGAAGGACAGAGAUUAAUAUCUGUGAAACAAUCAAACAAGCCUUGGCUAAGGUUCUAGUUCAUUACUAUCCAUUUGCAGGGAGAGUUGUAAUGGGUCCAGAUGGGAACAUUAUGGUGAAAUGCACAGGAGAAGGUGUAUCAUUUGUUGAAGCAGUUGCUAAUUGUGAGCUUUGUGAGUUUGGCGAUUUUACAAUCCCUGAUCCCCCAAAACACAGACAACUUGUUCAUGCUUGGAAUGAAUAUCCAAAGAACCCUUUGGAUAAACCACCACUUGUGGUGCAGGUGACAAGGUUCCAGUGUGGAGGCUUUGUUGUUGGAUUACUAGUGAACCAUUGCAUGUGCGAUGGAGCAUCAAUGAGAGAAUUUAUGAAGUCAUGGGGUGAAAUUGCAAGAGGCUUACCCUUAAGUGUUGUUCCAUUUUUAGAUAGAUCUAUACUGAAGCCAAAACCAAAACAACCCUUUAAAAUUGAAGACAACCCUGAAAUUAUUUCUCCAGUUGUACCACUGAAUGAACAAUCUGUAUUCAAAUCCUUCUGUUUUGACCUCCAAAAAUUGAUGCAACUGAAGAAGAUAGCUGCUAUGGAGGAUGAAACCAUAAAGGGUACUACUACUGCUACAGAUUUCCAAUUGAUCAUGGCAUUUAUAUGGCGAGCACGAACCAAGGCCCUUAAAAUGAACCCUUCUGAUCAAUCGAAGCUAUUUAUCGUUUUAGAUGGACGGCAUCGAUUUGGUCCAUCAUUUCCAAAAGGGUAUUUCGGCAAUGCCCUGUUUCUUGCACAUUGUGAAUGUAGUGCAGGAGAACUAAUAGAAAGGCCACUGUGGUUUGCAGUUGAUUUGAUGAAAAGGGCACUUGAAUUGAACUUCAUUCAAUCACUUGAUGACUACUUGGAAAACGUUCAAUCAUGCCUAGACACUGUAAAAGCAUCAACUACAGAACUACUACUGGAUACAGCAUUUAUUGGCAACAAAUGGUCUACAUUUCUGUCCAAUGAUAUUGAUUUUGGUUGUGGAGUUCUCACGCAAAUUGGAGCUCCAAUUCCACAAAAGGACCUUGUUUUGGUCAAUAGCCACAUAAAGGGUAGUAAGAACAAGAUCCUAACAUUGGGUCUGACUCCUUCCAACAUGAAAGCCUUUGAAGAGAUCAUGCAAUCAGAGAUGAGAAUUCAAGCAUCUAUCUAA